AAACUGCCUCUGCCGCACAUGGAUGGAUCUCUGUAGUGUGCACACGCGGUUAUCGGAGAGAAAUCCUGUUCACCACAUAGUGCGGUCUCCUCAGAUUAGAGAUAAUGGCGGUCGGCCUGUCCUUCCGACCCCAGCCCCCUCUACUACAAUAAUCCCCUGCGGUCGUGUACACCGAGAUCGCGUGUGGAUGCGAAUCAUCGUGUUCACUUUAUACGAGCUUUUACCAUGUCGGAUGAAUGCAUUGUGAGAGUUCGUGGCCUGCCAUGGUCCUGCACACGGGAGGAGGUUUUGGAGUUUUUCUCAGAAUGUAAUAUUGCCGAUGGAAUUGGUGGCAUUCAUUUCACAUUGUCCAAGGAAGGACGUCCUAGUGGUGAAGCCUUCGUUGUGCUGGAAACAGAAGAUGAUCUCAAAAAAGCAUUGGAGAAAGACCGUAAAUACAUGGGCCACAGGUACAUUGAAGUUUUUAAGUCGAAUAAUACAGAGAUGGAAUGGGUUUUGAAACACAACAGUUCCAGUGAGGCUGAAACUGACACAGAUGGAACAGUCAGACUUCGUGGGCUUCCUUUUGGCUGCAGCAAGGAAGAAAUUGUGCAGUUUUUCUCAGGGUUGAGAAUCCUGCCAAAUGGGAUAACAUUGACGAUGGACUACCAGGGGAGAAGCACAGGGGAGGCCUUCGUGCAGUUUGCUUCAAAGGAGAUAGCAGAAAAUGCUCUGGGGAAACACAAGGAAAGAAUAGGGCACAGAUACAUUGAAAUAUUUAAAAGCAGCAGAAGUGAAAUUAGAUCAUCGUAUGAUCCGCCAAGAAGGAUGAUGGGACAGCGCCCUGGCCCAUAUGACAGACCAAUGGGAGGUCGUGGUGGUGGUGGUGGUGGUGCUUAUUUUGGAGCUGGCCGUGGUAACAUGUACGACCGCAUGCGUGGUAGUGGAGGUUAUGGAGGUGGUUAUGGUGGAUUUGAUGAGUACAGUGGAUACAACAACUAUGGCUAUGGUGCAGAUGGUUUUGAUGAUCGUCUUAGAGAAGGCAGAGGUAUUCCACAAGGUUACCCUGGAACUGGUGGUGAUGCAGGCUCAGGCUUUCACAGUGGCCACUUUGUUCAUAUGCGGGGCUUACCUUUCCGUGCCACUGAAAGUGAUAUUGCCAAUUUUUUCUCUCCACUUACACCACUCAGAGUUCAUAUUGAUAUUGGAGCAGAUGGAAGGGCCACUGGAGAAGCUGAUGUUGAAUUUGCAACCCAUGAAGAUGCUGUAGCAGCCAUGUCUAAAGACAAAAACAAUAUGCAACAUCGGUAUAUUGAGUUGUUCUUGAAUUCAACUGCUGGUGGUGGUGCUGGAAUGGGUGCAGGCAUGGGUACAGGAAUGGGAUGUUAUGGUAGAGAAACACUAGAUGGUGCAGGAUAUGGUGCUGUAGGGAGAAUGGGCAUGACUGGAAACUACAGUGGAUGUUAUGCAAAUCCUGAUGGUCUUGGUGGAUAUGGAAGGGGAAAUUCAGGAAACAGUGGGGGCUACUUUGGACAGCAUGAGGGCAUGGGAACAGCUGGAUGGCGUGGAUUAUAUUGAAUGCUUUGUUGCGAUUACAUUUGUGGAAGACUCAGUUUAUUAGUUAUGUUUUUGUGUUUAGCUCUUGUACAGAAUUUGUACAAGGUUGUUGAUCUUAAAAUUUUUAGUGAGCAGAGUACAGUGGACAUUGUUACUGUAGGAUUUCAUUUGUUUGAAUGCAAACAUUGACUUUGAAUAAAUUUUUUUU